GCAGAUAGAGCUGUCAGCCACGGAGAUCGCGAUAUACUGCAUAGCGAAAAGAGAAAACAGGGGAAACCCUCAUCAAAACAUCAUCGUUCGAUUACGUGCGAUAGAUUGCUGCGCUAUACACAGAGCUUUGCUGCUUCAAAACGAAACCGAAAAGUGAUUAACUGUGGAUUGGCUUUUGGCGUUGACCUUAAUCCAUUGGCCGAAGACACGUUCCCGAGCCGCACUGGAACAGGAGGGUGAGGUGAGGAGAGCACGAGCGCUAGAGGUGGAAGAUGUAGAAGUGAGGCUCGGCAAGAGGACUACGUCGACGUUAUCUCGCAGCAGUCGGGUUUUCGCUUUCGAGCUCGGUAUUCUGCCUGCCUGGCUGCCUGCAUCCGCACGGAUUAUUGUGUUUGGUUGGUCGGUUGAUUGGUAAUUACUCUGGACAAACAGGAAGUUUCAUAUUUUUGUGCAAGCGAGUGAGCAGAUUACGCUCGAUGGAACAUUGGCGAUUGGCGGUGAAGUUGGCGUGAUUUGGAAGUGAAUUAUCGAGAAGUGGGUAGGGGACGAUGUUUAAUAGGUUGAAGAAUCGGGUGCUGACGGUGGUAGGACCGGAUCUACCAGCGCUACCUUCAACGGUAGGUUUGGGUAGCGGUGGUUCUCAUAUUGGGCACAGCCGAGAUUCAGAUCAUGGAUCGAAAGGGAACCUCCCGGAAAAGUUCCGUUAUGCCAGGCCACAAUUUUUGCAACUGUUAACGUAUGAUGAACUGAAGGCCAGCGCCGAUCACAAUGUGCGUCCGAUAAUCGUACCGAGAGACAUUUCAUUGCUGCCGUGGAAUACUGGUUACGCGGAGUGUGUCAAUUCGGGAAAGUCCGAGUGGAACGAGGACCAAGCGGCGUUCCACCGGCAGGUCCUGUCGCAUCCCUCUAGACAGUACCAUGAUCUACCGUACACGUACUUCGGGAUCUACGAUGGACAUGCGGGGUACGGAGCCGCUUUGGCUGCCUCUAAUCAAUUUCACCAUAUCUUGCAUGAAAAACUAGUGGACAUCAUCGAUCUAUUGAUGCCUAGAAUGGAAGGGGACGAUGCGGCUCCCACUGGAGCAGGGGUAGGAUUAAACGCAAUCCUUCCACAUCCAAUCUUAUUCCACAAACAGGUCAGUAAGGAUGAGCUGAUAGUAGGCGCCCUGGAGGCUGCCUUUGCCGACAUGGACGCCAUGUUGGCUGAAGAUCGCGACAAAUACCGCAACGCCGGCGGUUGCACAGCAUUGGUAGCCCUGUUCAUACUCGGUAAGCUUUUCGUAGCCAAUGCGGGAGAUUCACGAGGUAUUCUUUGCAAACGGGUUCACCAGAAGACACUCCCAAACCUUCGGCCGCCCUCUGUUCCCGAAGAAACUGUUAACGGAGAUGCCGCCACAGAGGAAGAAGACGACGAACACAUAGUCUUCGCUGAACCCUGCUCAUUCGACCACACUCCGGAAACUGAGAGGCCCCGACUACUCUCCGUCGGGAAGCUCAAUCCAAACCUGAUGGGAGGCGAAUACGUGGCGAUGGAGUACGCCAAAAAACCGAUGACUAAGGACCUGGGCACUCGGAUUCUCUACCGACAGGGCACCAUGAAAGGAUGGACGUACAAAACCCUGACCCGGAACGAUCUCAAAAUGCCGAUCGUCACGGGGGAUGGCAAACGAAGUCGUCUCCUGGGUACCAUCGGCGUAACCCGAGGCUUCGGAGAUCAUGACCUCAAAGCACUGGGCAGUGGACUUCCGAUCAAACCAUUCCUCAGCUGCCACCCGGAUGUGGUUUGCUUUGAUCUGAGCAAGAUCGAAACCGAUUCCAACGAGGAAAACGUGGAUGGUGAUUACGGAGUUCUAGUUAUGGCCACUGACGGCCUCUGGGACGUUACCUACUCUCAAAAAGUAGCCAAUACUGUAUUUACCACGUUGAAAAAGUUUCCUACCGAACGGCAUCGGUACACGAUGGCUGCCCAGGAGCUUGUGGCCAAGUCACGCGGACGAGCCAACAUCAACGGUCACUGGCGGUUGUCCGACUCCCGGGCCGCUGCCACCGUCGACGACAUCUCCGUCAUCGUAAUCCCCGUCUAUCAGUACUAUUUGGAAUAUCUCGAGUGGAAGCGAUCGCUUCAGAAACCCAAACCGGUGGAGGUGCCCCCGAGUACCGCCGAAGUUACACCUGCCGAAGAAGCUAUCGCCGGCGAACUGAGCCAUCUGACCAGUUCGUCGUCGGAUUCCGAACCGCUUGAGGACGCCCGAGAGCAGUCAUCCUCGGGCAACGAUAUUACGAGUUCUGCUACCAAUGCUACUAGCCUACCCAACUAGACUGCGCCUGCGUUCAACUUAAAACUAAUUUCUAUCCUCGACUUUGCAACGUGAUUUUACUUUUAUUCCAACAACCACAACAAGGAGUCCUUAGGGAAAUAGCAGUACCCAGGGGGUUCAACUUUGAAACGCGCGGGCGAAAGCCCAGCUACAUCGGCCCUGCGGCGUUCGGAAGGUUGAGCUCAUACUUAUGAUAAUAGCACGUCGUUUAAGUGAUCCUAGACUACAAGUACUACGGUUAGAAAACUAUCAAUUCAGAUUUAAAUAAUGAUGAUGAUAAUUAUAAGCAAGCAACCAAUAAGCUACUGUUUGUGAGAAUAUGAUGAUAAAAGAAAUAGCAAAAUAUAAAAUUUAUUUAAACUCCUAACAA